CGUCCAAAGUUGACACCAAAACCGAUCAAUGCUCCCCUCAAUGUCAUCAAUCAUAACCCGACAUUGUGGUCAUCGACUCCGCACAGUCAAAAGCAAACAUACAUGUACACACGGACAAGCGCGCGAGAUAAUGUACACGAAAUUUGUCUGUCGUCACAGUGGAGGGGAGCGUUUCCGUGUACGGCAAUCGUUAUCUGCUAAGGCGCUCGUACAUAUAUGUGGACAAUAAGUAAGUAGAAGGCAGCGAGCUCGCGCGCAGCCAAAAUUAUUCUCAUGCUGCGGAUAAAUGAAAUAAAGAAAACGAGAGGGAUACACUGGAAAAUCGGCAAUAAUGGCCGAUAGCAGCGGCAAGCAUCGCGUGCUCACCAGCGACAAAACACCAGGUGUCGAGUUCGUCAUAGGAGCAGCCGCGGCGGUGGGCGCCGGUUUUUUCACGAAUCCCAUAGACGUGGUCAAGAUACGGCUGCAAUUGCAAGGCGAGCUCGAGUCGCGGGGCAGUUACAAGAAAAUUUAUCGGAACACGUUCCACGCGGCUUACACCAUAGCCAGGAUCGAGGGCUUGCUCGCCCUACAGCGAGGCCUGGUCACGGCUCUGGGAUUUCAAGUUGUCCUGAACGGCAUGCGUUUGGGCUCGUACAAUUUGGCUAGGAGGUACGAGCUGACGGUCAACGACAAGGGCGAUACCAACAUCCUCAGCACGGCUCUGGUCUCCGGAGUCGCUGGUUGCGCCGGUGCAGUUCUCGGAAGUCCCCUGUAUUUGGUGAAAACGGUGCUGCAGUCAAAGUCGUCGAAGAGCAUUGCGGUGGGCACCCAGCACGAGUACGCGUCGGGUACGAUUGACGCGUUUCGCCACCUCUGGAGGGAGGGUGGCUUUUCUGGUCUCUACCGCGGAUGGUACGCCAACAUACCUCGAGUUUUCGUUGGCUCCGCAACUCAAUUGACCACCUUCAGUCUCUUCUUGGACUGGCUCAAACCAAUGGAAAUAUUCGACCAAAAACCGAUACUCUUGACUUUCGUUGCAUCUCUGCUUGGAGGAAGUUGCGUGGCCUUGACCAUGCAGCCUUUCGACGUCGUGGCGACACGCUUGUACAAUCAGGGCACGAAUGGAAAAGGCAAAGGAGUUCUCUACGAUGGACUGUUCGACGCGCUUAACAAGGUGUUCAAAGCCGAGGGACUAACCGGAUUGUACAAAGGCAUAUCGCCGACAUUCUUCCGCAUAGCUCCGCACACUGUUCUUUGUUUGGUGUUUUAUGAAAAAUUAGCCAGGCUGUAUGCUAAUUACAAUUAAUACGAAAGUUUGACGCUACGUAACAGAUGAAGGCGUGAAUGUUUCAUACAUGCAUGUGAUUUUCUUAAGCGUAGAUCACUUUGUCGGUGCACCGUGUAAAUGUUGUAUUGUUAAAGGGUCCUUCAGAGUCAUUGACUCGUAGUAUAAGGUCUUAUUGGCACCCAACUUUUCUCUGCGAGAAAGCUGCCAGAGUCUAUUGUUUCAUCAUGUAUCAACAGUACAAUUUAUUAAAUAGAUCGUAUGAGAUUAUGCUGUUUUUCUAAAAGUGCAUCCUAGAUUAGUUUAUUUUCGUAAUAAACAAUCUGUUGGUUGUUGAACAAAAAAAAAAAAUAUAUUAUAAUGCGUGUUAAACUA